AUGUCUGGACGUGGAAAGAAGCGAGCAGUGGCUGGCAGCCCUAGAAGUGCAUCCAGGAAGAGCAGAUCAGCCAGGGCAGGCGUGCAGUUCCCUGUGGGCCGUGUCUACAGGUACCUGCGGAGUGGGAACUACGCCAACAGGAUUGGCUCUGGCGCUGCCAUCUACCUGACUGCAGUGAUGGAGUACCUGACUGCAGAGGUCCUGGAGCUGGCAGGGAACGCUGCACGUGAAAACAAGAAGACAAGAAUCCUGCCCAGGCACAUUCUGCUGGCUGUGAGAAAUGAUGAUGAGCUGAACAAGCUCUUUACCGGUGUGACCAUUCCUCAAGCCGGGGUUAUGCCAAAUAUCCUUGCUCAGCUCCUUCCGAAGAAAACUAAUGCGAAUGUUGCUUCUCAAAAAUAUGGUGGCAGCCAGUGA